AUGGCCACCCAAAGACUCUCCAGCGUUCUGUCGCACAUCACACCCGGCCAGAAGCCACUCGACAAGAUCACCCAGAAGAACCCCGACGAUGUGGUCAUCACCCUCGCCAUUCGCACACCGCUCACCAAGGGUAAGAAGGGUGGACUGAAGGAUACGCCUCUCGAUGGCAUGCUCUUCAAGAUCUUGGAGCAGGUCAUUCGAAAGGCGAACCUGGACCCCCAGAUGGUCGAAGAUGUUUGCUUGGGCAAUGUCUCAGAUUCCAAAGCCGCGUACUACGUCCGCGCUGCUCUCCUGGCGGCUGGCUUCCCCAACACCACCAGCGCUUCGUCGGUCAACCGAUUCUGCUCGUCGGGUCUCAAGGCCACGCAAGACAUUGCGAACCAAAUUCAGACUGGCAGCAUUGAGGUCGGUCUUGCUAUCGGUGCCGAGCACAUGAGCACUGGCGGCGAUCGCCUCACUCGUCCAUUCGUCGACGAGAUCCUGAACGGCAGCCAAGAUGCCGCCGACUGCAUGAUGCCCAUGGGCCAGACCUCAGAGAACGUCGGCGCCGACUUCAAUAUCACCCGCGAGUCGCAGGACAGAUACGCUGCUGAAUCGUACCAGCGAGCGGAGGCUGCCCAGAAGGCUGGCUGGUUCGACGACGAGAUCGUGCCCAUUACGGUCAAGAUGGACGGCAAAGACGUCACCCUUACCAAGGACGAAGGCCCGCGAUGGGGCACCACCUACGAGAGCCUGUCCAAGAUCCGCCCUGCCUUCCCAGACUACGGCGACAGGAGCACCGGUGGCAACAGCAGCCAAGUCACUGAUGGCGCUGCUGCUGUGCUCCUCAUGAAGCGCUCGAAGGCUCUUGAGCUCGGCCAGCCGAUCUUGGCCAAGUACGUGGGCGCCACCGUGGCCGGUCUCGCACCGAGGAUCAUGGGUAUUGGCCCAUCCCUGGCUGUGCCCAAGCUUUUGGGCAAGUACAACCUCAGCCUUGACGAUAUCGAUGUCAUUGAGCUCAACGAAGCUUUCGCGUCCAUGGCUGUGUACUGCCGUGACACGCUCAAGAUUGACUGGAGCAAGAUGAACAUUCGUGGCGGUGCUAUCGCACUGGGCCAUCCGCUGGGUGCGACUGGCGCCAGGCAGAUUGUUACUGGUCUCUCCGAAUGCCGGAGGAGGAAGCAGAAGAUUUUGUUGACGACGAUGUGCAUUGGUACCGGCAUGGGCAUGGCUGGGUUGUUUGUGAAUGAGCAGGUUUAG